AUGUCUCGUCUUGCAUUCGCUGUAAUUCGUCCACGCGGUGGGCCUCUUGGCCUUCACGGUACCGCACCGCUGUCUCUGUGGUCGAGAGACAUUGCUUGCUCGCGUGCGCGGCCUCCUCUGCGCUCGGAUAGUUGGCGCGCUGGGCGUGCUAUUCGAAGUCUCAACACCCGGAGCUUCCAGACCGAAGUCGUCUCGGAGCGUGUGGGGAUCGACCCGGCGCUUGUCGUCCCGCGGCCCAAUGCGGCCCCAAAGCCUGAACCCAGCGCACAGGUCGUCAGUCGUCCGUUCGGCAUCACCGAGCGCUACUUCCUCGACAUUCGUGGGCCUCAUGGCUACUCUGACCCUUUCAUCACCAUCUCCAUUGAUACGUCUUCCGGCACAGCGCGCAUUAGCAAUGAGCAAGUCGUACUCACCUGGGCCGCUAUCCGUCUCCGUCACACACUCCUCGCCUCUCGAGUCCAGUCUACACCGCAAGGUCCGUCCUUCGUGUACCUGCCGCCUCUGACGAAGGCGCACGCCCUUCGCCAGGCAAGGAUGAACAUCGAUUUUGAAGAGGACAGCGAUCGCGCGACAUGGCUCGGGGCGCUGCAUAAUCGUUGGUGGGGAAACGCUCUAGACGAUGUACUCGACAUCCGCAGCGAGAUAUACAAGCUGGCAUGGCUCGAGGAGGCUGGUCAUGAGCCGGGUGGAGAGAGGCGCUAUGCGUUUGGGAUUCAGACAACUCACUUCGCUGUGGAUGGCUUGGGCAUGUGCGACGUCGCAGGGCAGUUCACGGAGCUGCUGGCAGACCCCGGGCGCGCUGAGGCUGAGUUGGAUGAAUACUUUGCGAAUCCGAAGCCGAGAUUACCAGACGCAUAUGAGAAUCUCCUGCCAGAGCCAGACGCCGCUUUCCCUGAGGAGAAACAGAAGGCGCUUGAGGCGUACAAAGCCUUGAUGGCUUCGGGCAACGAUCCGUCCGUUACUGGUAUCCUUCCAGACGGCAAUUCGAAGGACGAGAACGUUGAGCCUAAUAUCAUACGUUACGCUUGGUCGGAGGAGCAGUCGCGCGCGAUCGUCGCCGCGUGCAAGAAACACCACGUGACCGUGACGCAGCUUGCUUGCGCUGCCUUAGUCGUUGCCGCUGCAGAGGCUCGGCCGGGGAGAGAUAUACAGAACCCGAUCUUCAAGCAUCACUUGCCAAUCGACCUGUGGCCGCGGGCCAGGAGUGACCCUCGCGGCAUUGCGGUACGGAUGGCGCACUAUCCCAUGUUCAUCCGCGCACCGUCGCUUGCAGGCCUUAACACGAAGGAGGGUCUUCAUGCGGCAAUCCUGGAGGUGGCGAAGCAAUGCAAGGACGGACACGCAGGCGUCGUCAACUCGCCCUACUUCUGGCACAUCAUCCGACACUAUCUCCUCGAUUGCCAGCGAAUGAUUGAUUCCCUCGCCGCCGACGCUUCGAUCCUCGACAAGAUUCCCUUCUUCCCGUUAUUUAGUAGCAUGGGCGACCUCAACAAACUCGUGCCGGGCACGUUGCGCGCCAUUCCUCCCCCGGAGACGACUGUGGGCGCUGCCUUCCAUCCAGACUCGCGGUCGGAAGGCGAGAUCCGCGUUCCGGAUGUCACGGUCAACCUGAAGGUCGCUCCUGCGUUGGCGAUAGUUCAUGUCUGGACCUUCAAUAAGAAGAUGACUAUCCAGUUCAAGCAUAACAAGGCAUGGGCAACACCCGAGGUUGUAGACCCCUACCUCGAGAGAAUCGUCGAGAUUCUGACAUCAUUCUCUGAGUCGUGA